GUUAUCCCGUUGCUCUCCCAAACUUACAAUGGAAACGGGAAUGAUGUUCUCUACCUUGACCAUUGCAGGCGACGACAUUUCCAGUCCUGUCACACUGUCCAGAGAAGAAGACUUUCCAUCUCAUCGGUUUCAAGCUAGAUUCGGAAGAUGCACGAGGAAGCCAACAUGGCGCUCAUCCCAGGUACCCGAGACUGCUGGUCAUCUGUCUUUGAGACUAGGCGAGCGCAUUUCUCGAGGGAGAAGUGCAGUAACAUACGUCGUAGAGGUCAUAUCAGCUGAUCCUGAGGUGACUGGGACUGCACCAACAUACGCUCUCCCCGUGGAUCAACAGCUAUGCAUCAAGGUGGCUCGACCCAACCGCUGCCGCACGCUGGCGCGAGAAGCAUGGUUUUACAGCCGGCUUCGUGAUCGCACACCGUGGCGGCAAUCGCAAACAGUUGACCACGCUGCUGUUGAUGACGAUGGACAACUGCAAGGUGUCAUCGCUCCCCACUUCUAUGGCUUUUUUGCAGCCCCCAUGUCUCCCGGGCGGUUGUCCUUCCCGCCUUGGUUCAGUCAAGAUUUCGAGCCGAUGCACGCCCCGGAUUUGGGCUAUGGCUCCGUAGCGGAUGACCCAACCUGUGAUGACCCUCUACCGGAUGAUGGACCCGUUCCGGAGACGCGCAGCCUGGAUGGUGAGCAGCGAUUGGGAGGGAAAGAAUGUUCGAAGUGGGAUCAAUGGAGCCCCGACCUUGAUGCUCCCCUUUUGACUGUAAUAGUCAUGGCGCGUGGCGGCUCCACCUAUACCUACAACGACCACUCAAACGAGGCCACAAGGGAAGACGUUCUCGAGAUUCUAGACGACCUGUCUGGCGCUCUCGUUGUGCACGGUGACCUGCGUCCCGCCAACCUGGUUCGCGCUCCCGCGAGCACAGUGCUGUGCAGCCGGCACCAGCGUGUCCACCAAUGGAACAUGAUCGAUUUCGCAUGGUCCCUUCGCACCGACUACGGUAACCUCAGUAGAAGGUGGAAAGAGAGCACCAAGCAGAGUAGCGAGGGACCAGGGCAUAACAAGGACGACGUCGUUGAGAGGCGAAUCAAUCAGAUAAGGGAGACGGUUCGGAAAGUGCAGCUCAUAGGCUUAGAACACUACAGUUUCGAUUUCUAGGGAUACGUUGUGUAGAUAUAUAAUAUCAGAACACCUUCGAGUACCGAAGAGUGGCGAACAUAGUACUAGCUGUUAGCGAGUCCAGCAGAAGUCAUUCUGUGCAGCGCAUAUGUAAGAUUGUAACUACGGCUAUAGAACUUCGACCUUAUGUUAGUUUCGUGCCAGUGUAAAGCUCUCAAGUCUUGUUAUAUGACCUAGAAAGCACUAAGAGAUCAAGCAAAGCGUGUGAUGUCAGCACGAAUGAAGGCGGCUUGCUAAAAAGAUUAUGCUCCAUCAAGUCCUCGUGAAUAAUCAUUAAUC